GCGACUACCAGUCGAUAUAAAUACCCUAUCACUCAGUACUUCCGCUAGCAAUGGAGGUAUAAGCUCUGCGGAGACGGUGUCUCACUCAGUGUUUUCUCAUUGCGAGUGUACCGAAACACAGCUAAAAUAGAUUUAAGACACUUUUGUUGAAGAUUUGAAGUGGAAAGUUCUUUGGAAUUGGUGACUUUUGUCCCCACCCUUUUCAGCCAUGAUUCCUUCAUUUGUUAAACGACUGUCCAGUAGAUUAUCAUUCACAAAACAGACCAGCGACAAAAGAGACACAACUGAUAAAGUAGAUGGACGGCCAUCUUUGUCUCGUCAGUCCACAAAGGAACUUGAUAAGAGUGAUGAGGAUAAGUCUACUCCAGGAAGGUCAGGCUUGCAACGAAGGUCAACUUCCAACAAGACACCCUUGUCAAAACGUCCGACAAUUCAACUGGACAGGGAAGAAUCAGUGACCAAAAAAUCGUCCCGUCAAGUGACCUUUGCAAAAAGAAAGUCAUCAGAAUCUGAUGAAUCUGCACCAACACCAACUAGGAAGUUGUCCAAAAAAAUAUCAUCAGCUGGGAAAAAUGUUUCCUUGACAUCCAAACCAGUCCUGGCAGGUCGAGCACCAUCUUUGACUGCAAAAAGUCCAUCAGUGACAGCACCCACCAAAAAGACCGCAGCGACAAAGGACCCAAAUGCAAAGACACUUUGGUACAUCAGAGGCACCUAUGUUACUGUCAGGAAUGAAGAAGGCGGCUGGUUUCUGUGUCGCCUUCGAAACAAUGUCUACAACACAACCAAGACUGUCAAAAUCCGAUGGUUGUCCCCAAAAUACACUUUUACUGAUAACGACUUUUUAUUGGACUAUGCAGAUGAGAUUGACCCUGGGUGCAUUCUGUUCAAUGUCCGUGUAACAAAAAUAGGAAAAGUGUAUUUGCUGUGCAAUGAAGAUCGACUGGAAGCUGAUAAGCUGUUGAAGGUUGUAGAGGAUGUGACCAAGGGAAACAUGGCUGCUGAUGAUGUGGACAGCGACAUUGAAGAAGUUGUGCAGAUUGAACCUCCAGAAAAGAAGAGGAAGAUAGAGAAGAAGAUCAAGGAAGUUUCAAAGGGGAAGAAAGAAAAAACAAAGGGGAAGAAAGAAAAGACGAAGGGGAAGAAAGAAAAGGCAACAAAGUCUAGGAAAACACCAGGAGAGAAAAAGAAGAGAGAGCCAAAAGAAAAGAAAGAGCGCAAGAGAAAAGUCCCCAAAAAGCCUGAUGAGCUGACUCUACAUCCAAAUCCUGCUGUCCAUGUGUACAGGAAAGACCCUUUCUUUGAAACAAACCAAUCGGUGUCCUUUGUGUCCAAGUAUGCACACUCCAAGCUGGUAUUCCGAGCUGUCCAUAUGAAAGAUUACAAACUGCUUAAGAAGUUAAUCAAGGAUACAGAAAAGAUUCGAUAUCUUUCCCAUUAUCGGAGUACCGCUGAUGAAACCACAGCCCUGCACCAUGCAGUAACCUUGAAGGACAAGGAGGCCAUGAGCAUCCUGUAUAAGGACUACUUCGGGAAUGAAAACAGUACCCUAGGAAAGAGGAAAAAACACACAAUGCCUGACAAAGUCAACGUUGCAAAACUAGAGACUGGAUCGUACAACUUCAGAUCACUGGGUGUUGCCUUUAUACGUCCAAUCAUGGCCAGUCGAGGCAGUCGAGAAGGAAACAAUGCCCUUACUAAGGAUCUGUCCGAUAUGCAAGAAAGAAAAGAGCCAUCAUCUGAAUCAAUCAUCACUCACAUGUUAGCUGUUGGUAUUGACUUCAACACCAUGAAAGAUGUUUUGAAGGGAAAGAAGGACAGUCCAAUGGACUACUAUAAAUAUCAACAAGCCCUUGUGAACAUAGACAUAGCUCUUCAACAUGGGCACCACAAACUUGCUGGAGCCAUCAUGCAGGAAAUAGCAACGGAACAUCCAGGCCUCGGGAAACUAGCCACUCUUCACUACUCGGUUCUCACGUCAGACAAGGAGUUGAAGAAUUGCCCGCCAUCACAGGUCAAGUGGGGAAUCAAGUCGGUCAGAAUGAUAACACCAAUCCACAUUGCUGCCUGUAACCCGAACACUCAGCAUCUGGACCGACUGCUCAAGGUGGAGCCUGACUUCCACAUCUCAGACAAGUGCAACCGUCGACCCAUCCACUUUGCUGCUGGCUGUGAGUCCACAGCCCCUCUGGAGUACCUGGUGGGGAGAGGGGCCAACAUGUAUGACUGUGACCACAAGGGAGACACUCCUCUUCACUUUGCUGUCCGGGCAAACAGAGUUAAAAAUGUGAAAUAUCUCCUGCAAGAAGCCAAAAAAACCAUGAGUGACGAUGAUCCAAUCUUUAUGCGCUUUGGGGUUGGAGGCCUGAAUCGGCCAAACAAGGCCUCGUACACAGCAAUGCAUAUGGCCACAGAGAAAGACUAUGUGGAAAUUGUUGAUGUGCUGGUCGGUAAUGGAGCCAAGGUAGAUGUGCCACUCAACACAUCUCGCUUCAAGGUCACGCCUCUCAUGAUGGCCGCUCAGUUCGGUUUCCUGGAUACACUGAACUACCUUGUGGACCAUGAGGCAGUUGUGCAGCGGAAAGACCGCCUGGGCAGAACAGCUUUGAUCCAUGCAGCCAUGAACGGGAACACAAACAUCUUGUCCUACCUACUGAACAUUGGCUGCAACCCCAAUCUGUGUGACAACUCCGGCAACUCCCCCAUCAACUACGCUGCAGCGUACGGCUGGUACUUCUGUGCCAAAACACUACUUGAGGCAGGAGCAGACGCCAAUGUAGGAAAUGACUGGAAGACUACGCCUCUCUCCAUCGCCUACAUGAAGAGCCAUUUUGGUAUUGUCAGCCUGCUGCUGUCAAAAUCUGAUGUUGAUGUCAAUUUCCAGGAUGACCAAGGUAUGACCUUGGUGUCUACAGCUGCCUCAAGCGCCCUGUACCCAGACCUGUAUGAGCAGAUGGUAUAUCUGGUGAAGGACAAGAAAGCGGACUGCACCUUUGUGGAUGUUGAGGGUUGUACACCUCUUCAUCACCUGGCCCGCAAUGACAUCCUCCUGGAGGGCACACAGCUCACGCCAAUGCCAAGUGAUGAGGCGAUGGAAACAAGUGUAAAGAUUGCCAAGUUGCUUGUAGAAAAUGGCUGUGACCAGAAGGCUCUGGACAAGAAGGGAAUGUCAGCGGUCAUGGCAGCUAUGAGAAAUGGCAACGUACAGCUGGUUGAGUUUCUGCUGCAGAAGGACAGCCCCAUCAUGACGGACCUGGACAAGGAGGGGGACAACAUCCUCCAUUCCCUGUGUUAUGACCACAUGGACUCCAUGAAGGACUACCUUGCAGUCCUCAAGUCCAUUGUUUCCAAGGAUGCAGCACAAAAGAAAGCUUUCAUAGAAAUGGCUAAAACCUUCUGCAAUGAUGGCAGUAUUCCGCUGCUAGCUGCCUGUCAGCAGUACAGUGUCUGCAAGAAAAAACUAUCUUCGACUGAUGAGGAAGAGGAUAAGGCAGCUGGAAGGCUGUUGUGGAAACGUGGACGUGAUUUCAUCAAGUUUCUGAUCGAUGAACUUAAGUCCGAUGUGAAUGCCAUCAUAUCUGAGAAACAUUAUGAGAAAGAAGAGGACAAGCCAGAGAAGGAAGAGGACAGAUACCAAGCUGACUGGGGCAAAUGGUCUGUGGCAGAAAUGCUUGCGGAUGUUGAAUCUUGUGAGUAUUGUGGUUUACGGGAAGAAAAGGAAGAAGAGUGGCCAGCACUCCGAAUGAUCCUCAAGUACAAGCCCAACAUGAACACUCGUGACUGUGAGGGCCACACAGCGCUCACGGGGGCUGUUGACUACAGCAAGGUGGUGCCAGCUCACCUGCUGGUUGAGGAGAGCAAUGCUGAUGUGAAUGCCUACUACAUCAAGGAGGAGAAUGGGAAGAAGUACAAAAUCUGGACAGUUGUCAUAGCAGCUCUCACGGCUAACUAUGAGCUCCUGACUUUGAUGGUUAAUGCAUCUGCGGACCUGAAUGUGAUUGAUGAGAGGGACGGCAGUCGGCCUCUCCAUGCAGCCAUCAUCAAGGGAGACAAGGCGGAUGGUACACUGAAGAUGAUGAACAUACUUCUCAGUCACGGCGCUGACGUGAAUGUUCUAAACAAGACACUGCGGACACCACUUCAUCUUGCCGUUGAUUACAACCAGGGAAACAUGAACGACAACUUUGACCUUGUGCUGGCCCUCAUGAACAAGGGUGCGGACUUGACGAUCAAGGACGUGCGUGGCCGGAUACCCUUGCAUUAUGUCUUUGUCAAGAGAGGAAAACACACAGACAGCUCCCAGCAUGACCCAGUAGAGCUGUGUCGUAUGGUCGCCUCCAAGAUGAAGCCUGCGGAAAUCAACACAAAGGACAAGUUUGGGAUGACACCUCUUCACCGGGCCGCCUUCAGGGGAGCCAACAUCUGUUGCAUGUACCUGAUGCAGAUGGGGGCUGAUAUGAACUCGAAGGAUAACCAUGGCAACACACCAUUAACAAUGGCUGUCAAGGGACAUCAUGAUGGCUGUGCUACUAUCCUCAUCCAAAAUGGGGCAUGUCUGAAGGACCCUAUUGUGGAGGUCAUAUGCGAAAAUGAGAGGAAGCAUGACGAUGACUCGGACGAGGAUGAAGAUGAAGAUGAAGAUGAAGCAAUGGAUGAAGAUGAUGAGGAAGAUGAGUAUGACUCUGAAGAUGACAGUAACAAGAGGGGGAAGAAGAAGAAGAAGAAGAAAGGGACAGUGAAAGUAAUGAAGGCGUGGAAAGUGAAAGGUGUUGAAGACAAAGUAAAGAAGGAGACGAUCAAUAAGACACCACUGCUUGAGUAUGCUCUGAAGAACGAGUUCCAGGGAGUGUGCUUCAUGGUGAUGGCUAAGUCUGUUGAAGAAUCAGGAAUCACAUUUGCAGAUGCCAUUGAGAUGGGACUGAAGCUACAAAAGUACAACAUUGUUCUGCGACUUCUCGCCACGACAACCGAUGUGCAGUCGAUACGCAAGAACCGUGAACAUGGGCAAAACCUGAUUCACUUCCUCAGUCUCAAUGCCAGGGGGUUUGAUGAUCUCAUUAAGAAGGUGGUGACCCAGCUGGUAGACAAAGGGCUGUCCCUGACCAAGCAGGAUGAUUACAAGUGUACACCUCUACUGUAUGCUUCCCUCAACAGGAACUAUGGCCUUGCCAAGUUCUUCAUGGAGACCCCGGGGGUGUACAGUCCCAAAUAUACAGACUCCUUUGAUCGAAGUGUCAUGUCUGCUGCGUUUUGGAAGUCCUCCAAACCAUUUGAUACCGACCUCACAUGGUGGAUUCAUGAUUUGUAUACGAAGAAGGGAACAGCUGAUGUCCUGAUUGACUGUCCGCUUCAAGAAAUCAUUUUCCGGUCUGAGGACAAGGACCCUCACUACUGGAAGAAGUACAACUCACCCAAGGUCUCCCCUCUCAUCAUUGUCAUCAACCAUAACAGUGUCUUCUUCACACAAUGGCUACUGAAGAAAGGCGUCAAUGUUAACAUGGCAGACACCCAAGGGGUCACACCAAUGAUGCAUGCUGUCAAGGUGAAUGACGUGUUCAUUGUGAAGACGCUGAUGAACUACAAAUUUGACCCUGAAGCUAAAGAUGAUGAAGAGACCAAGAAACCACUCAAGGAGCAAUCAGCAACAAAAAAGAAAAUGCAUGGUCGGAUCUUCAAACUCAAGCGAAGUGUUUCAAAAUUGUCACAACUGUCUAAGGAAGAUGAUGAGAGUGAUGAAGACUCAGAAGAAUCUGAAGAAGAAGAAGAAGAAGCAGAAGAAGAAAAGAAAAAAGUAGACAACAAGAAGAAGGAGUACAAGCCCUACAAGAAGGUGAGCAAGGUGAACCUGAACGCUGUGGACAUGAAUGGCUGGACCGUGAUGCACCAUGCUGUAUGCCCCCUUGCCCAUGGCACCUUCGAUAAUGAUGAGAUUGUGUUCAUUCUGGCCAAAGCUGGUGCCAAGCUUAAUGGGAGGAACAAGAAUGGCCACACACCUCUGGAUCUGGCCAUAAAGAAUGGUGCCUUCAAGGUUGCCCGGAUGCUGCAGAAACUGGAGAAUAUCAACGAGAAGAACAUGAAACUGCCGAAAUAUCAGUCCAGCACUGUGACGGACAGCAUGAAAUGGUCCACCCCUACUCCGUCUUUCCAUGAAGAUGCUGAGAGACUGGUUGAGAAGGUUGGGAAGCCAAUGGACGUUGAAGAGGAGUAUGUAGCCAAGAUUGACUCCAACUGUACUGUUUCCAAUGGGACAUUGGAGAAGGAUGAGGAACAGGACAUGCUCUAUGAUGUCCUUCUUACCAAGGUCGACGUCAACUUGGGAGUGUAUGGACUGUACAACUUUUACCAGAUUCAGCUUGUUCAUCAGCCAGGCAAGGACCUGUUCAUCCUGUUUACGCGGUGGGGGCGUAUCGGGGACAGCGGACAGUAUCAGCACACUCCGUACCAAGUGAAGGAGGAGGCUGUCAAGGAGUUCUGUAAAAUAUUCCGGGCCAAAACCGGAAACAAGUGGACAGAUGUUAAAAGUUUUGAGAACAAACCAAGGAAGUAUCGCAUUGUUCACAAUAAGGAGAGACGUCAAGGCCGCACUCAAACGGAUGUUGAAUUUAAGAACAAGUCGACCAUGAAAUCCAAACUGCCAUCCCAUAUCAGAGAUCUUGUGGAGGAGCUGACCAAUGUCAAGUCCUUGAAGGCAGCUUUAAGCAAGGAACCAAUGGACACCAGCCUGAUGCCGUUUGGAUGUAUGCAGAGAGAACGCCUCCUCAAGGCCAGGUCACUGCUCCAGAAGAUAAGUGUGCUUGUGGACGAAGUGUCUGAUUAUCGGGCGAUCAAUAGGUCAGAAGACCAAACUGUGGAGAAGAAGGAGAAGUACCAGGCUAACUGUGAAGAAAUAGCUAAGCUCAGCAGUGAGUACUACCAAGUCAUACCACAGGUUGGUUUUGCUUACGAGAAGAUUAGGCCACUGGACCAGCUCCAUGAUCUGAAGAAACAGAUCCGUCUGGUCUCCAAUCUCCUGGACUAUGAAGUGGCCAGCAGGAUGCUCCUGGGCGCCAUGUAUAGAGAGAAAGAAGUGAACCCUCUAGACUAUGUGUAUCAGUCUGUGGGAUGCAGGUUACAGCUGUUGUCUGAAGACGUUGUGGAGUCGCAGUACAUCCUCCGCUACAUCAACAACUCAGUGGACUACGCAGAGGUCGAGGCCAUCUACAGAGUUGCGGUUCCAGGGGAACAGGAAAGGAUGGAUAAGAAGAAUUUUGGCAAUCAUCGACUUCUCUGGCAUGGCACCGGCGUCGCCAACCUCAUCAGCAUUCUCCACAGGGGUCUUGUAAUUGCACCCCCGGAUGCACCCAUCACAGGGCACCUGUAUGGCAAGGGUAUCUACUUCUCUGACACAUUUGAAAAGAGUGCGGGAUAUUGCAGCAGUGACGGCAAGACACUCUUCAUGCUGUUGGCUGAGGUGUCACUUGGCAACCAAAAGGUAAUUGUCAAUGGGUAUUCAGAAAACCUUGAUAAACGACAGAAAGGAUUUGACAGUGUCCACACCAUUGGAAAGUCGAGGCCAGAUGGAAAGCAUGAUGUCUGUUUACCAACAGGGUGCGUGAUGCCACUUGGUGAGAAGAAGUAUGAAUAUCACUACAACAACGAGUACGUCAGUAAUUACCAUAAUGAAUUUGUGGUGUACGAUGAGGGCCAGGCAUGCUUGCGCUACCUGAUUCAGUGGAGAAGGAAGUAGCUCCCCAUUGCACAACAUUUCAUUAUGAGGGUCUGGAGAUGUGUUUCCGUGACUAAAUAGCUUGUUUUGAUAGAUAAUAGGAGACAUGAUAUCAAGGUCCUGUUCAUCGUAAGUCUACGACACUGAUGAUCGUAAGUCUACAUCACUAUGAUCAUCUAAGUCCACGACUCUUCAUUCAUCAUAAGUCUAUAUAACACUACUAUCAUUGUAAGUCUAUAACAUUACGAUCAUCAUAAGUCUAUGACACUACAUUCAUUGUACAUCUAUGACACUACGAUCGUCGUAGGUCUAUAACACAAUGAUCAUCGUAAAUCAUGAGACUGCGAUCAUCAUUCAAUUUUAGGACUGUCAUCACUAUAAGCAUGUAAUGCUUUGACCACCAUACCUAUAUAAAACGUCCAAAACUCUAUAACACCAAAAACCAUUGUAAGCCAAUAUGACUAUGAACAUAAAAACUUCAUUGACCACUUUAAGCCUGUAACACCAUGUGAAAAAAGCAUAGAACACAAAAGUCUAUAGCACUACGAUGGUCAUAAGUCUGUGUUAUAACAGGAGCCACAACAAUCAUAUGUAUAAGGGCAUCAUAAAGUUGUUAGAAUAUUUGUAUCAGGACUUUUACUAUGAUGCCUAAGCAGCUUUGUUCUUUGAGAAAUCAUUUUUGAUGAAACAUAUUAAUCAAGUUUCAUAUAUGUUGGUCUGUGGUGUGAAUGCUUGGGAAAAUGUGUCUAUUCAUUAUAGAAAUGUUUUGCUUGUUUAUAUUGGUUUGGGGUUAUGCAAAUUGUGAGCUUGAGGUUCUUUUCAGCAACAUUUGUUUGCGUGUGUGAUCAUUUACUAUUUUGAUGUGUUGAUUGUUUUCUGUUUCCAAUUUCUGCUUUAUUAAUAUAUGACUUGGUUUUGUGAAAACUUUCCAGAUUUCACAUAUUUUGGGAACAUUUUAUCUCCUCAGUGACAAUUGACCAAUGAAUAUAUAUCAAAGAGGAAGACACUUAAUUUGUUGUUUUACAGAUUUUGAGUAUUUCAAUGUUCAAGAGGCAAAAUUAUGCAAAUCUUGUUAAAGUUGAUUUGAAGAUAAUUUCCUGCAAAAAUACUCUAGAAAAAAAUAUCAAGUAAGGCAAUGUUCAAUAGCCAUAUUCACAAAUCAAUUACCGGGUAACAUAUUUGUGUGUGUUUCCGUCUUGCAUAACUUAUCUGUAAAACAAGAAAAUGAAUUGAUACAGGCUAAGAAAGAUUAGAAAUUUGUUUGGCAGCAUUCUCAUCUGUUGGCACAUGGUUAAAAGUUAUGAAGUGUAUGUUUUGUAGGAAUAGUGUUCGUUAUUAGCAGCACUUUGUAAGUGUUGUAUAAACUGAAUAUCACAGUGACACCAUGACAUUGUCAUGACUAUCACAAUACACCUGGAUUGCUUGUAUGAACUGAGGAAUAAGAGACAGCAAUGUGAUAUAAGGGCAUGACAUGUGGAGAAAUAAGAGACACCCAUGUGGUAUGAGGGCAUGACAUGUGGAGGAAUAACAGACACCCAUGUGGUAUGAGGGCAUGACAUGUGGAGGAAUAAGAGACACCCAUGUGGUAUGAGGGCAUGACAUGUGGAGGAAUAACAGACACCCAUGUGGUAUGAGGACAUGACACAUGGAGUAAUAAGAGACACCCAUGUGGUAUGAGGUCUUGACACACGGAGUAAUAAGAGACACCCAUGUGGUAUAAGGACAUGACACGUGGAGGAAUAAAAACACCCAUCUGGUAUAAGGACAUGACACGUGGAGGAAUAAAAACACCCAUGUGGUAUGAGGUCUUAACACAUGGAGGAAUAAGAGACACCUAUGUGGUCCUUAAAGCAAUCUUAGCUCUACAGUCUUACAUGGCAGAACAAUAAGACAGUAAGAUGAUCAUGUUGAACAUGACCCAGGACACUGCACCUGACUCUGUGGAGGUGGAGGGGCAAGUGAGUGCUACUCUCUAUCUACUCUCUAUCUACUCAUGUAAAGAGGAGAGGGAGACAAAGCUUCCCACAUGAAGUCAGCCCAAACCCUAGGUUGUCUGUUUAGUUAGAGCAAUCAUUAACUGCAAGAUUGAUCACAGUUACAAAAUUUGAGUGUGUUUUGAAUGACUUGUAUAAGCUUGCUAGGAAUGACAGCAGACCUGAGCUAAGUCCCCUUAAAGAAUUUUAUUUAGUAGUGGUAUGUCUAUUCAAUGAUGCAUCAUUUCAGCGGCCAUAUUUGUGGUCUUAGAAUGUUGACUAUGCCCAUCAUGAUGAAGACUAUGCAUUUUCUAAUGUCAGAAGAUCCUGUGGUAUGAUUGUGUUUGGUGUAUGUAUGUUAGGCCUUGACAGGAUAAUGAGAAUUGGUAUCUGAUCAUUGUGAUAGGGAGUGUCUGCCAUUUGUACAUACAUGUACUUAAUGUGUGACGAGCAAGAUUCUGUUCAUGCAUUAAAUAUCCCAUGUUGUUGCAUGGAGUUAUUGUAGACUUUAUUGAAACAUCAAUGCUCUGGCUGAUAUUUAAGUUGUCCCAAGUGGGAUCCUCCAGAGUCCUAAAGGGCAGUUGUUCCAAGUCAGACAGGUUUUAGCGUUUAGUCAGUCAUUAUUUUUUUCAGCGUAGUGAGUGCUUAAAGCAAGUGAAAAGUGGACAAACUGCCAAGAACCCUCUUAGAUAUCAGACACACAUUAUUUACUAUCAACCAUAAUCACAUGUCUUUUUUGUGUAGAAGUGUCUAUUUAGAUGGCCAUUUCCUGUCAAAUUUGAUAACCUUUUACUUUGUGAAAGUUGAAUUGCAUGGUUUGGGUUAUAUUCUGGAAAAUAGACAUCAAUGUGCUGUUGGUUAUCAUAAUGGUAGGUCCCUGUUCUAACAACAGCAGUAUCCUCAUGAUGUAUGGUAUUUUUUCACUUUGAAGCCCAUUUCUGGUGUCCCUCGCCGUGAUAUUGCUGGAAUAUUGCUCAAAGCAGCAUAAAGCCAUACUCACUCACUCACUUUGGUAACAGGGUACCAAAGAAGCUGACCAAAGAAGCUAUAUACCUACAUUGAACAAGUCCAUUGUGAUGACUCUAUUCAGGACAGAUUGGGAGUGUCUCAUUCAUUGAAGUCGAGCAACUGUUAAGGUAAAAGAAAAAAAUAGUUUCGGCUCUGGGACCAAUCAAGUGCUUUGUUAGGUUACAGCAGGAUGCAUUUCACUAUGUCUACAACUUGAUGUGCAGCAGCUGCCUGUGACUGAUAUUACAAUAUUAAGACUUAAACGUAAUAUUGUUAACUGCUCAAUCCUCACCCCAGUUGGAUGACACACAGCCUACUCCAGCAUAACACACAACCUGCUCAAACCUACAGGGCAUAACACAUAACUUGUUCCAACCCUUAGGCAGAUCACACAACUUGUUCCAACCCACAGGCAUAACACAUAACAUGCUCCAUAAUCUUGACACAUGACCCGCUAUGCUCCGCAAUCAUUACACAUGACCCACUUUGCUUCCCACAAUGCUCCUAAAGCAUAACACUUUUCACAUGCUUUGGACACAUAAACUCCAACAUGAACAGUCUCUUUCUGAUAUGUUCACAAAUGAAAUCUUAGGGUAACAUACUGUUUAAGUAUGUUUAUGAUUAUUUUAGGUACAAUGUAUAACAAAUAAAGUGGUUUGUGUUUGACAUGCAUGGUCAUGCAAUUUCAAGUAAAGGGAUUCUCCAAAGCUAACACACUUGUAAGUGAUCACUACACAUGACAAACUAAAAAUUUAUAUAUCAUGGACUUAUCUUCAGUGAUGAUUGUUACAUUACUUUUUUCACAAACUAUUUCUUGUUGAAUUAUAUUAUUUUUCAUGUAUUUUCCAUGCAAGCCUUUAUCUGCUUGAUAAGCCUUUUAUACAUUUUACAGUUGUUGUGAUGGUUAUCGACUUAUUGCCAUUUGACAAGGCUGAGUUUGUUUGCAAGAAAGGUGCGUGAAUAUUAUUUUGUUUCAUCAGCUUUGCCUUACCUUGUGAUGCUCAACAAAAUAAACAAAAUAAUUACUGGUUGGCGAUUAAGUUCAUUCAAUGACUGAUUGGUGCAUAUUUUGUUCACCAAUAGGAUGUUGCCAUCUGCUUUUCUCCACUGGUAUGUGUUUGUUUAACGAAAGGAACUGUGUGCCAUCAUGGAAAACUUAUAUUGAGCCUUCAGUGAAAGAGAGAGGUAAAUGGUGUCAUGAAUGAAAAUAUUUCAAAUAGUUUUACCUGGUUACCAGAGCUUACAUUGCCUAUUAAUGUAGCCUGGCUGCAUAUUGUUUGUGUGCAAGAAACAGAAGACACAGUAAGACAUCCUUCAUAAAUUGCAUUCAGAGAUUUAGGAUUCAGUUAACCUUUGAGAUGGGUUAAUCUUAGCAGGAGUAACACCACUCUACAGCAUAUUGUCUUGCACAUGCAAUAAUAUUUUACAUUUAUGAAGGUUUGAUUAUUUGUUUAUUGCUUCGUUACAUAAUGACAAAAGUCUUCAUAUGAAAUCCUUGUACCAAAAUAUCUAAAUUCAAUGUGACAUCAAUUCUGUACAUGCAAAAAUAUUUAUUUCGAAUCUUAAAUGGAUGUCAGGUUUGCCCAGCCAUGAAAGCCUUUGAAUAUCAUAUACUUGUUCCACUGUGAUUUAUAAACAAAUCGUUUUAACAAGGGUUUUUUCCUUCAAGUCAAUGUAUAAGAUGAAUUUCCUUAAAUCUCUGUGGUUGUGCCAAGUGGAGAUGUUGCUUUAUUUACAGUAGUUUUCAUCCUGCACACUUCAGAUGCACAAGUGAAGUUGAGUUUACACAUAUUUCUUACUUCGAUCACCUCAACUAGAAUUAAACUCACAUAUUAAAAGCGUGACUUCCAUGUAAGACUAAUCUAUUGAAUAUAAAUGAUAUUUAUUCAGAAAUUCUUGUGUGCAUUUUCAACACAUAUUCUUUUAUACAUUCUAUUUAACAGAGGACUCACUGCCAUAGAUUGUUUGAUACUGAUUUUAUUCAAUAACUUUAGUGCUUGUUCUAAGGUUCUUUUGACAAAAACCAAGUGACGCAUUCAAUGAAAAGCUGAAAACAGCAUUUAGAAAUUCAGGUCCUUGAUGAACAUUAGGCAUACAUUUUGACUUUAUUAGGUAAUUGUCUUCAAAUAUGUUUGUUGUGUCCUAAUCUGAAUUCAGUAAAGUAUCACCUGAACAUUUUGUCUUAACACAUUUUCAGUUGUUUUAUUUACAGCUGACACUGUGUAGGUAAAUAUGUGAGACUUUUGAUGUGAAGAAAACGUUGAGACUUAUACUUUGCCUAAUGUUAGCAGUAGUACCUUGAACCAUAAAUCAAUUUGCUGAAUAAAUACUAGAUGUUUGCC